AUGGUGGUUCGUCGUUCAGCAAACCCUCGGACUGCAGCACAGUCUGACACCGAACUCUUCGCCCGGGAUCGAGCGCUUGCGGUUCAGCGCGGAAUCUACGAGUGGGAUCACCUGCCCGGGCUGCCACCGUUCUGCAAAGGUCUUCCCGACGUGGAGAAACAGUCUCGAUACGAGUCCGAUCGUGUCAUGUGGGAUCUCGUCACCAGUUUUUCGCAGGCGCUGAUGGCCCGACGUUCGUUCCUACGCAAGCUCAGGAAAAAGGGAAACGAGCUCGAGGCGUACAACCACCUGCGCCCGUACGGUCGGCGCCCCGCGUGCGCCCAGACGUGGCGCACCGACGCCGAGUUCGCCCGACAACGGCUCAACGGGGUGAAUCCGUUACAAAUCGAACGACUCGACGAGUACCCAGCUCAUCUACGAGUGUCUCCCGCAGAUGUCGCCCCCCUGCUGCCCGAAGGCACCACCCUCGAUGAGUUGCGAGAUAGUGGCAGGUUGUAUGUGUGCGACUGGGGAGCGCUCACCGGGGCUCCGGUAACACUUGGGCGCUUCCUCACUGCCCCAACUGCGCUGUUCUGGGUCGAUGACGCCGAGCAACUGAUGCCGCUUGCGAUCCAACUCGAUCGUGAUUUCACGCUUCUCCCUGAAACCGACACCAAGAUUGAACCGCCGGUUUUUACGCCUCUUGACGACCCAUGGGUAUGGCUGACUGCUCGAACCCACGUACAGUCCGCCGACGCCGCGUACCACGAGAGUGUCGUGCACCUGCUUCGGACCCAUCUCCUGAUGGAGACCGUGUGGGUCGCCGCCAAUCGUGGUCUGGCUCCGCAGCAUCCGGUUCAUCGCCUACUGAAGCCGCACUUCCAGGGCACGAUCGCGAUCAACUACAAGGCACGAAACGAGCUCAUCGUGACCGGCGGCCCGAUCGACAAGGCGAUCUCGGUGGGAACCGCCGGUGCGUACUGGCUUAUCAGCGAACGUCUGAAGGACUUGACCUUUGGCGAUCUCAACCCAGCCACCGACAUGGAACGCCGCGGAGUCGCAGAUUCCGAAGUACUUACGGGAUACCACUACCGAGACGAUGCCCUCCGCUUGUGGGACAUCAUUGGCAGCUAUACCGAGGAGCUACUGCGUAGUUUCUAUCCCGAUGACGAAUCGGUCGUGCUCGACGAUGAACUUACGGGGUGGGCCGAGGAGCUUGCGGACCAAGACGCCGGAGCCAUGCGGGGGCUGCCCCUCGUCGAUGGAGCAUUUCGUACCUUCGCGGAUCUACACCAUGUGGUUCGCCAAGUGGUGUUCACGGUUGCGGUCGAGCACUCUGCUGUUAACAACGGGCAAUACGACAUCUUCGGCCACAUACCAAACUCGCCAGGGGCGAUCUUCUUGCCCCACCCGACCUCACACGACGCCAGCAGCGAAGGCGAGUUCACCUACGGUUUACCUCCGUUCAAGGUGGCCGAGAUACAGAUCGCGCUGGUGCACUUGUUGUCGCAGCCCACGCUCACCAAUCUCGGCGACUACCCAGCAGACUUCUUCUACGACCACAAACCGGUGAGGCUCGCGAUCGAUCGCUUCCGCUCGCAGCUGGACAAGCUCACGAUCGAUAUCACGCGGCGCAACCAGGCGCUGCCAAUGCCAUACACCUACCUCGACCCCGCAAUGGUGGCCACAUCGAUCUCGGUCUAG